AAAAAUAUUACCAUUUCCAAGUUAAAUCUAUAAUAACAUUAAUUGAACUUUUCACUUUUAGUUACUGUUAUAUUAUAUUUUUUAUGAUAAGAGAAUAAUUAACAAUAAUUAUAUUAUAAACAUAACUUAUAAGACAUCAAUAACAAUAGAUAGUAAGCAAUAUGACACUGUACGAAAAACUGAUGAAAAACAAACAAUCGACACGUUGGAAGAAGGUGGUUGCCGAGAAUUUGGAUUUGGAUUAUUGUGAGAAAUUUUUGAAUUUAUCUGAAGCCACUGCGCUAAUGGACUACAUGGAGAACAACGUGCAAUACUUAGACGGUAGAUUGACUCAAGUGAAAGUGUUUGGUGUGUAUCAUCCGAUACCAAGACAACAAGUAGCGUUUGGCGACGUAGGUGUUACGUACAAAUUUUCAGGCACAGUCAUUGCAGCACAGCCGUGGCCUCAACCAGUGCUCGAGUUGAAAAAAAAAAUCUCUUCCGAACGAGGAAUUAAUUAUAAUUUUGUUCUAGUAAAUAGGUAUAGGAAUGGUGAUGAUCAUAUGGGCGAGCAUAGGGAUGACGAACCAGAACUGGACAAAAUGAUCCCUAUUGCAUCGGUGUCUUUAGGACAAACUAGAAAGUUUGUAUUGAAACACGGAGAUGUUAAAAAGAAAUUGCGAAAAGUAGAAAAUAUAAAAUUAGAUUUACAUCACGGAAGUUUGUUGUUUAUGAAUUGGCCUACUAACGAGUACUGGUAUCAUUCAAUACCUAAGGAAAAAGCGGCUACCAAGGUAAGAUUAAAUUUCACAUUUCGUAAAAUUAAAUAAAAAUAUAAAUAGUUAUAAUAAUAUUUGUAAAAAAAAAAUAUAUAUAUGUUAAAGUA